AUGGAUCCGAUAAUAGGUAAUAAUUCUUCCAUCAGGGGAUCCGAAUCCAAUAUAGAUUUGGAUGAAAAAUCAGGACCUGCAAAACACACAAACAUAAAUACCACAAGACAAUCGACUCAAUUGUCUUCGGAAAAUCUAGUUGCACUUCAUGAAGGUGAGUUUUUCUCGAUGGAUAAUAUUAGAGAACAACCUAAAGAUACCCAUUCAUCAUCAUCUACGGACGAUGAAAAUAGUAUAAAAGAAUUCAGUCCUUCACAUAGAGAACCUCCAAGAGAACGCUCAAUGUCAAGAGAUUUUACUUCUAUUCCAAACAAUUCGACUACUUCGUUUCACUCCAAUAAAGAAAGAGCUAAACGAUUGAAUUUAGCCUCCAAUGAUACCCCGAGUGAUCGGUUAACAAAACUGUUAACCUCAUCCUCGACACCCAGUCAUCAUAAAGAUUCUAUGACAGAACCACAUAGACGAGAUAGACGACUCAGUACAGAAUUGAGUCCUGACUUGAUAUCACAAAUCGAAUCCUUGGCUAAAACCCUAUCAUUCCAUACAACAAGAGAUGGGGUAUUAAAUUUCAUGACUACUUCUACACCCACCUCCAGUUCCUCUAAUGAUUCAGAACACGAUACUUUAUCUUUUGAAGAAUCAGAUGAAGAUUUUAAUGCCAAGAUGAUCAUUUCAGAAUUCGUAAGAAACGCAAACGAACAGGGGAUUCAUCUUAGAAAGGCAGGUGUUAUCCUCGAGGACGUCGGUGCAAAGGGUAUCGACUCAUCUGCGGCUAACGCAACCACUGUCAUGGAUAUCAUACUUUUACCUUACACUAUUUUCAAUUUUGUGAAAAAUUUAAGAAAUCGUAGAAUGAUGCAUAUCCUUCGAAAUGUUUAUGCAUUUGCUGAACCUGGUGAAAUGGUUCUUGUCCUAGGAAGACCUGGUGCAGGUUGCUCUACUUUCUUAAAAGUAACAGCAGGACAAAUCGAUCAAUUAGCCGGAGGAGUCACCGGUGAUAUAUCUUACGACGGUAUUGACCAGAAGGAAAUGAUGAAACAUUUCAGAUCAGACGUUAUCUAUAAUGGGGAGUUAGACGUGCAUUUCCCCUAUUUAACUGUGCAACAAACUUUAGAUUUCGCCAUUGCGUGUAGAACUCCCGCUGUGAGAGUCAAUAACGUCUCAAGAAAGGAGUAUAUCGCAGCAAUCAGAGACUUGUACUGUACAAUCUUUGGGCUAAGACAUACUUAUAAUACAAAAGUGGGGAAUGAUUUCGUAAGAGGUGUUUCUGGGGGGGAAAGAAAACGUGUCUCUAUAGCAGAAGCAUUGGCUGCAAGAGGAUCCAUAUAUUGCUGGGAUAAUGCAACAAGAGGGUUAGAUGCUUCUACUGCACUGGAAUAUGCUCAAGCUAUUCGUGUAAUGACAAAUCUAUUAGGAUCUACUGCAUUUGUUACUUUAUAUCAGGCAAGUGAAAACAUUUACAAUACAUUCGAUAAAGUUACAGUACUUUACCUAGGUAGACAGAUCUAUUACGGUAAAAUAGAAGAUGCUAUCCCGUAUUUCGAAAAAAUGGGGUAUGAAAAACCUUCAAGACAACCUACAGCAGAAUUCUUAACUUCUAUGACAGAUUUAAACGGGCUACAUAUAAUAAAGCCAGGCUAUGAAGAUAAAGUACCAAGAACUGCAAAGCAAUUUGAAGAGUAUUGGCAUAAUUCUGAAGAAUUUAAUCAAUUAAAACAUAAUAUUGAAAUUUACAAGAAAAAUAUUGACGUCGAAAAGACAAGAGACUUAUAUAAGCAAUCCAUUCAACAAGAAAAAUCAAAAAGUUCAAGAAAGCAAUCAAGAUAUAUUAUAUCAUAUUUCGAACAAGUAAGAUUAUGUACAAUCAGAGGGUUUCAAAGAAUAUAUGGUAAUAAAUCAUUCACAGUAACAAAUAUAACAGCUGCUAUCAUACAAUCUUUAGUUUCCGGAUCUUUAUUCUACAAAGCACCUUCAGGAACAAAUGGUGCCUUCACAAGAGGUGGUGUUUUGUAUUUCGCAUUACUAUAUUAUUCUUUAAUGGGGUUAGCAAAUAUGUCUUUUGAGCAUAGACCUAUCUUACAAAAACAUAAGAUGUAUUCAUUAUACCAUCCAUCUGCUGAGGCAAUAGCAAGUACCUUAUCGGGAUUCCCCUUUAGAAUGAUUGGAUUAACUUGUUUCUUAAUCAUUUUAUAUUUUUUGGCUUAUUUACACCAAACUGCCGGAUCAUUCUUUAUUAUUUAUUUAUUUUUAGUCAUGUGCUCAGAGGCUAUUAACGCAUUAUUUGAAUGCGUUGCUUCAGCAUGUGAUUCUUUGCCACAGGCAAAUUCAAUCGCUGGUAUCAUCAUGUUAGCCAUUUCGUUAUAUUCUACAUAUAUGAUCCAAGCUCCAAAGAUGCAUCAAUGGUUCAAAUGGAUCUCAUACAUCUUACCAAUAAGAUACGCAUUCGAGUCAAUGCUGGAAGCAGAAUUUCAUGGUAGACAUAUGAACUGUAAUAAAUCAUACGUUCCUAGAGGCCCAGGAUAUGAAGAUGUAUCUCCUGACAAUCGUGUUUGUGCAUUUACGGGUUCCAAGCCUGGUCAAAAUUAUGUAUUAGGGGAUGAUUAUUUAAGAAUCCAGUACACUUAUGUUUGGGCGCAUACUUGGAGAAAUUUGGCCAUUAUGUGGGCAUUCGUGCUUGGAUAUGUUGGCGGUAAGAUCAUCUUUACCGAAUUUAAAAGACCCGUAAAAGCUGGUGGUGAUAUGUUACUUUACAAGAAGGGUACAAAACUUCAAUUUAACCAUAAUGAUGAAGAAAAUGAUGUAGAUUCACAAUCUAAAGUUUUCCCUGUAUCUUCGUCUACAGCAGUCUCUACAGCAUCCUCACAAGAAGGAGCAGUAGAACCUGAUUCGUUUAAAGAUUUAGAAAGUACAGGUAUUUUCAUCUGGAGGAAAGUUUGUUAUACUGUUCCAUAUAAUGGUAGCCAACGUCAAUUAUUGGAUAAAGUAACAGGUUAUUGUAAACCUGGAACGCUAACAGCUUUAAUGGGGGAAUCAGGAGCAGGUAAGACAACUUUAUUAAAUACAUUAGCACAAAGAAAUGUAGGGAUUAUAACUGGUGAUAUGUUAGUAAAUGGCCAUCCGGUAGAUAUUACUUUUGAACGACGCACUGGCUACGUUCAGCAACAAGAUAUGCAUAUAGCUCAAUUAUCAGUAAGGGAAUCAUUACAAUUUUCAGCUCGUGUACGUCGCCCAGCAAGUGUCUCAGAUGAAGAGAAGAUGCAUUAUGUGGAGAGAGUUAUAGAAGUUCUCGAUAUGGAACAAUAUGCCGAGGCUUUAGUAGGUGAAUUGGGGCGUGGGUUAAACGUAGAACAAAGAAAAAAGUUAUCUAUAGGGGUUGAAUUAGUUGCUAAACCAGACCUACUAUUGUUUUUAGAUGAGCCAACUUCUGGUUUGGAUUCUCAAUCUUCGUGGGCAAUCGUUCAAUUAUUAAGAAGAUUAGCGAAUGCGGGGCAAGCAAUUUUAUGUACAAUCCAUCAGCCAUCCGCAACUUUGUUCGAACAAUUCGAUCGUUUGUUAUUAUUGAAGAAAGGAGGACAAACAGUCUAUUUUGGUGAUAUUGGUAAAAAUUCAAGAACUUUAUUGGACUAUUUCGAGGGAAAUGGUGCAAGAAUAUGUGACUUUUCUGAAAAUCCGGCAGAAUACAUUUUAGAAUCUAUAGGCGCAGGGGCUACUGCCUCUGUAAAAGAAGACUGGCAUGAAAUUUGGUUAAAUUCUCCUGAAUAUACAAAUUUGGCCAAUGAAGUGGAUAAAUUAAUUCUCGAAUUACAGGCCAAGGAAGAUCCUUCCGUAUUUUCAAGGAGUAAAACAAAAUAUGCAAAUUCUUACGUUUAUCAAUUCUAUCAUGUUUGGUUACGAACUACUCUUGUAUUUUGGCGAAGUACUAAUUAUAUCUUUUCAAAAAUGAUGCUAUUUACCUUUGCGGGUUUAUUUAUUGGGUUCUCAUUUUAUAAUGUAGGCUAUUCAUACGCAGGUUUACAAAAUUCAUUAUUUUCUGCAUUCGUUUCAAUUAUUUUAUCUGCUCCUUUAAUGAAUCAAAUUCAAGCGAACGCAAUUCAAUCAAGAGAAUUAUUCGAAGUUCGUGAAUCGAAAUCCAAUAUGUUUCAUUGGUCUUUUAUCUUAGUCACUCAAUAUUUAUCAGAAUUACCUUACCAUAUAUUGUUCUCCACAUUUUUUUUCGUUUCCUAUUAUUUCCCACUAAGAACUUUUUUUGAAGCAAGCAGAUCUGCAGUCUGGUUUUUAAAUUAUAGUUUCGUAUUCCAGUUAUAUUUUGUUGGAUUAGGUUUAAUGGUUUUAUAUAUGUCCCCCAAUCUUCAAUCUGCAAACGUCAUAAUGGGGCUAACACUAUCUUUUUUAAUUGGAUUCUGUGGUGUUGUACAACCUAAAUCAUUGAUGCCUGGAUUUUGGACAUUCAUGUGGAAGACCUCGCCCUAUACAUAUUUUGUUCAAAACAUGGUAGGCAUUUUAUUACAUAAGAAACCAGUGAGAUGUAAGAAAAAAGAAUUUAAUUACUUCAAUCCACCGGAGGGGCAAACUUGUGGUCAAUAUAUGGAGGCGUUUUUGAAAACAGGUACUGGAUAUAUUGACAACCCAGAUGCUACCUCUGAUUGUGCUUAUUGCAUAUAUUCUGUAGGUGAUGAGUAUUUGACGUAUGUCAGUGCAAGCUAUGGUAAUAUUUGGAGAAAUUUUGGCUUCUAUUGGAUCUAUAUUGUCUUCAAUAUUUUUGCCAUGGGGACUGUUUAUUAUGUUUUCCACGUUAAAAACUUAAUCAGCAUUUCCACCAUUACUAUGCUAAUAGCUCAGGUUAAAAAGAGAAUAGUACCUAAGAAAAAAGAUAAAUCUGAUGAGAAUGCUGAUUAA